GUGCUGGGCACUCUGGGGACGGGUAUAAAAGCAUUCAACCGCACACCUUGCCACGAUCAUUUCUCUUCUCUCACUUCUCUUGUGCUGUAGAUCCCCAUCCCUGAGCCAUGGUUCACUCCCUGAGCCCCUGCACCGACGGCAGCGCCUCCCCCUGCGGCGUGGCUGUGCCCCAGCCCGUGGCCGACACCUGCAAUGAGCCCUGUGUCCGGCAGUGCCCCGACUCCACGGUGGUGAUUUACCCUCCCCCUGUGGUCGUCACCUUCCCUGGGCCCAUCCUCAGCACCUUCCCGCAACAGAGCGCUGUGGGAUCCGUGGGAGUCCCCGAAGUUGGAGCCGGUGUUGGAGCCGCUGUCGGAGCCGGUGUCGGAGGUGGUUUUGGUGCUGCCCGAACCCCUGGAGCUUCCCAAGUUUACGGUGGGGCCAGGUGGAGCCGGGGGUACCCAGUUGGGAGCUGCAGACCCUGCUGCUAAAGCCAAGGAGCGGCGGCUGGAAGAUGGUGAGCGGCAGGACGCGGAUCCACGGCUGAGCUCCGGGGCACAGCGUUUAGGGAAAGGAGCAUUUGGGGCAGCAUCGAAAGCAUCGGUGGAUGUUUGAACGCCUCAAAAAUCCAUUUCCAUCCUUCUCCUACCCUUCCUGAUUUUUUUUCUCUAAAGCUUUCCUCUCUUUCCAAGCACUCUGUUCUCAAAGCUAUGGA